AGUAAAAUAUGAAUUGAUAUUUGUAUUUUGUAUAGAGCACUCGCUUGAGAUUAUUAAAAUUGCCUAAAGUUUUUCAAAACUGUUGCUUUUCUAUCUAUGUGUGUGAAUUACGAAUUUCAGUUUAAAACUUCUGAAAAAUCGAUGAAACAUGUCUUUGCAUUGUGACCCUGGCCAUCAUAAAUUUGUUGCUGUUCAAAUUGAAGAAAAUGAUAUUAAUACGGGCCUUUAUAAAGUUCUCAAAGUUCUGCGACCAAAUUGGUCUGUCCCCAAUAUCAAGUUUAAGGUUUUUACCGAUGGUAUUACAAAUAAAUUAGUAGCUUGCCAAGCAGAUGGUGAAGAUAUAGUUUUGAUUCGCAUUUAUGGUAAUAAAACAGAUCUCCUUAUUGAUAGAAAUGCAGAAGUAAGAAAUAUUACUAAUCUACAUAAAAUAGGUUUGGCCCCAGAGAUAUAUGGAGUAUUUAAAAAUGGACUUGCUUAUCAAUACUAUCCUGGUGUAACUCUGACUCCGGAAUCAGUAGUUGAUGAAAAAAUAUGGAAACUUAUAGCCAAACAGAUGGCUAUUAUGCAUAAAGUUCAAAUCGAACCUGAGAUUAAUAGAGAACCAGCAGUUUGGGAUAAAACAGAACAAUUUUUAUCAUUAAUACCAGAGCAAUUUUCCAAUCCGAAUAAGCAAAAAAAAUUUGCGAAUAGCUUUGGGUCAAUAACGAGACUAAGGAUAGAGUUUGAGCGUCUAAAGUCGAAAUUAACAAAAACUGACAGCCCGAUUGUGUUUGCUCACAAUGAUUUGCUUCUAGGAAACGUGAUCUACAAUGAAAUUAGUGGGACUGUUAAGUUCAUAGACUAUGAGUACGCCGCGUAUAAUUACCAAGCGUACGAUAUUGCGAAUCACUUCAAUGAGUUUGUCGGUCUGUCGAUCGAAGAUAUUGAUUAUCAAAAGUAUCCAAGCAAAGAGUUUCAGUGUUCAUGGAUACGAACUUACCUGGCUGAGUUUUUGGACUCUGCUCCUUCGACAGAGGAGAUAGAAAAAGUCUAUAGAGAAGUCCAGUGUCUGUCCCUUGCCUCACACUUUCUGUGGGGAGUUUGGUCGUUGGUACAAUAUGAGCUGUCGGACAUCGAUUUUGAUUUUGGAAGAUAUGCGGAGAUUCGUCUUAACAGAUAUUUUGAGCUAAAGGAUCUCGUAUUCAAAGAAAGUUUGUUAUAACAUUGGAUAUCAACAUUUCAUAGUAAAUUUUUUGUCUUAUGUAUUAUUUGUACAUAAUCUUUGUAUUUAGCUUAUGCCAAAGUGUAUCUAACCUAAGAUUUUCAAUAAGUGUUAAGUACUUAUUAUAAAAUAUCAUAUUUAAUUUAAUAAU